GUCAUAUUCAGGCAUGUCUCACGAAAACGCUAAUAAAACAAUUUAGAAUUAUUGGAACUUUCUAAAAUUCACUUAUGACAUUGACAAGAUAUAGGACUACACUUCUGUAAAGUUUGAUGAAAAUCGCAGCAUUGAAUUGUUUUUAAAUCACGAAAAUGUAUGUACACAGAAUGUACAAGAACCCUAUAGCAGAUUUAAUGGGUAAUUUGUGUAACACACAGUAUGAUCCCUAUCGGCCUUUUAUCACACUAAAAUUUGCACUUUGAGCAGCAUGGCGGGUUCGGAUGUCGCCAAACUUUUUCUUGGGGUUGAAAUUAGCACGCAGCAGGUGAAGGUGAUUGCUGUGGACAAUGAGCUGAGCAUUGUCUAUGAAAAUGCGGUGAAAUACGACACAGAACUUCCUCACUAUGGGACCCAUGGUGGUGCACAUAUUCAUGAGGACAACCACACCGUGACGGCACCAACUCUGAUGUGGGUUGAGGCUGUUGACCUCGUCCUCAGUAAGAUGAAGAACGAUGGAUUCGACUUCUCCAAGGUUGUGGCCCUGUCUGGUACUGGCCAGCAACAUGGUAGUGUGUACUGGAAGCGUGGGGCCGUCGACAUCCUUUCAAACAUGGAGCCAGAGAAAAGCCUCAAAGUGCAGUUACAGGAAUGUUUCAGUGUUGCUGACUCACCCAUCUGGAUGGACUCCAGCACCACAGCCAUUUGCCACCAGCUGGAGGAAUCGGUCGGUGGAGCACAGCGACUGGCUUCACUCUCAGGGAGCAUUGGUGUUGAAAGAUUCACUGGGCCACAGAUUGCUAAGAUCAGCCGUAACAAGCCAGAUGCUUAUCAUGACACAGAGAGGAUUUCGCUGGUGAGCAGUUUUGGUGCUAGUCUAUUCCUUGGUGCUUACGCGGGCAUUGAUUUUGCUGACUGCUCCGGCAUGAACCUACUCAAUAUUCACAAGAAGCAGUGGGAACAAGGUUGCGUAGAUUUCUGUGGUGCUGGCUUGGUUGAAAAAUUAGGUGAUCCUAUACCGUCCUAUCAGAACCUGGGUCCAAUAUCGCGAUACUUUGUUGAUCGUUACAAGUUCCACAAAGACUGUGCUGUGAUUGCAUUUACCGGUGAUAACCCCGCAUCACUCGCGGGAAUGAGGCUGGAAGAGGGAGAUAUAAUAGUGACACUUGGUACCAGUGAUUGUGCUUUCGUCUGGCUUCGAGAACCUCGUCCCUCCCACUAUACGAACAUAUGCUGCAACCCCGUGGUCAGGGAUGACUACUUUGCUAUGAUUGUAUUCAAGAAUGGUUCUUUGACGCGCGAGAGGAUACGUGAUGAGUGUGCUGAGGCAUCAUGGGAUAGAUUUGAAGAGUUGCUGAAGCAGACGCCGAAAGGGAAUGAUGGAAACAUAGGUUUCUACUACGAUGUUGAAGAAAUAAUUCCGAGUAAUGCAAAGGGUGUGCACCGUUUUGAUGCAACUGGAAAAAAGGUGGGAAGUUUUUCCAAUGCGACGGAGAUUCGAGCCCUGAUAGAAGGUCAGUUUCUUGCUAAGAGACUACAUGCUGAGAAUAGUGGCUUCAAGAUAGAACCAAACACGAGGAUCCUGGCGACAGGUGGGGCCUCAGCCAACAAAGCAAUACUACAGGUGCUAGCAGAUGUCUUCAAUGCUCCUGUGUUUACACUGGAUGUGGCCAACUCGGCCUGCCUGGGAUGUGCUUACCGAGCUAAACAUGGCUUGCUUGGUGGGGAGAAGUUUGCAUUUGUAGAUAUUGUAAAGAAUGCUCCCGGAAUGGUGCUAGCAGUGGCCCCUAGCCCCGGGGCGUAUGAGGUAUACACCCCGAUGGUGGCUAUGUACAGGAAGCUGGAGACAAUCGUGAGCCAAAGCUAGACAGGAAUGCAAUACGGUGUCGUAUGAUACGAGUUGGAGGGAGAGAUGGAUAGCUGGACGUCGUGAUUUUGAACUAUCAAAUCAAGUAGCAUUUUAUAUAGACGAUUAAAAGUACAGCGGGCGCUGUGUAUCAACAAAGGUAUUUGAGAAUAAGGUGAUAUCAUAUUAUGCAUGUUAUAGUUUACUUGUAAAGUGUUUUUCAGAUAGAUAUUAGUCGUACUUCCACCUAUCAAAUCCCCGUGUCUUUUGCGCUUACACCUAUGAAUUGCCGUGUCUAAAUAGACCCGUGUGUCAAAUCCCCGUGUCUAUUAGCCCCAUCGAGCUCGAUGGGGCUAAUCGGGGGCUAAUUUAAACCCGUGUUCAACACAGGUUUUUUGAUAGGUGGAAUCUGAAUAGCCCCGGCAAUUGCAAGUUCUAAGACCCGGCGACAGAUGGCGCGGUGUAGUUGCCUCAGUAUUGCGCCCGCGAAAUUCCCCUCCAACGGGAAAAAAACACAGGAGAGCUCCCUACCAUUAUUAACCAUUAUCUAACACCACUGAUAGGUGUAAGUGCGCCCCGGUUUUUUUGACACACGGCGAAGACACGGGUCUUGAAAAAACACGGGGUUUUAUGAUAGGUGGAACUACGACUAUUGCCAAAAAUACUUGGCUGACCUCUUUUCACUUAACUGUAAUAGUGUGAUCACAAAUAGUUAUGUUACACAGCCCUGGGCAGCUGGUGUCGUAGUUGACAACGUUAAGUCAGUGGAAUAUUGGCUAAUAGUGGGAUAUAUGGGUUGCAAAAGGUCUGUGCGGUACAGUAAAGCUCAGGAAAGAAAAGUCUAGAAAUUUAUUCUGAGUGUUAUUCUUCCGCAUGGGGGAGGCCUACCCUAAUGAGUUUUGUGCAACACCACUCUCGUUUGGUAUGUGAUUUGGUCACAUUCCUGAGCCUUUGGCCAACAUGAAAAACACUCAACCCUUUUAACUGGCAAAUAUAUGUUUUUAAUUUUAUGAAUUUCCUAUAACCUGUUUUUGGCUCACUGUAGGGGAGUCUACAUAACACCGCAGUGUCCGUCGUCGUCGUCGUCCGUAUCCUGUUUCAAAAACCUGCUUUUGAAGAGGUCAGACUCGAAAAUUUCAGCAAAGGUGGCACGUUUCGUCAUUAAUUGUCCUAAACUGUUCAAAUUUGAUAUGUAGACACCUAUUGGGUAUCUGUACAUAUUAUCAAAAACUCAUGUCAAUGUCACCUACUUUUCAGGUGUAAGUACAAAAUUCAAAAAUUGUGUUCAGCUAUUUGUUAAUCUGUACAAAAUUUUAAAAUUUAGAAUUUAAAAUACAUUGCUUAUAGAAAAUGCCAAUAC